AUGACCACUGCUCAUGCCCAGAUAGAGGCUCUUUCCCCCGCCAAUGACAGCCUCAAUAAUCUUAUUCCUAGCAGCCGUUUCGAAGUUUACAAGAUCACGCCGGAACAAGGUUCAGAACUGGAUCUUCCCCGAGACAAUUGCGUUACCGUUGUUCAGGCAACCCAACCGAGGGAGAUCAUUAUGAAAUUCUCCUACAAGGACCUGGUUUCCGAACGGAUUGCAGUUAGCGCCGAGAAUUGUACAACUUCAUCAUCUACGAAAUUCCGCCUCACUCUUUUAUUGAGUGUGCCUGGUCAACGGCUAAUCACCCUCUUCCUCCCAAUCACUCUUCAAUCGCAAGUUAAUGCUCGAAUACCCAGGCUCAUUGUGGGCGAACCCCUUAGGGUAAUUCCAGGCACCGAUGUUCACCUCACGGCGUCCCAGCUUCAGUUGGCAGCCAGCGGCGUGGAGAGCCUUGACCCCUCCAAAAUCUACCUCUUCGCCGCUGACGGCUUCCCUAGCAACGGCGGCUACCUCCAUCGACGCGGAAGCUGCAGAGGACUUGCCGCUGCAGUUGAUCUAUUCUCGCUCUUCGAAGUGGUCAAUGAAGAUAUUGUCUAUCAUUCGCCGGAUCCGGUCUUAGCAUACCGGUCUCCUCAACCAGCGCUCCCAUCAUCGAUACACAAAGGCAAUCCCUCGGAGACUACGUACACAGUAGUGGGGGCCAACGCGGGAGACUCUGGACGAAAUAUAAUCAGUUUGGAGACUGGCGAGGCGCUGCGCAGGUUUAGCCAGGCAGAUGUAAACCGGAGACGCCUGGCUUAUAGCAUCAGCUAUACACUGAGCUACGCCGCAUCUUCGCGGAGGAGGAUUAAAGAGAAGCAGGACAAGAACAGCUUCCAGACCGCGCUGUCGCUGGUGGUCUCCCGGCCACCGACGGGGAAUGAGCUCGGAUUAAUCAACUCGACAGUCAGGUAG